CUUUUGUGGACAGUUGACUUUUUUGUUUAUUAAUGAUCCUAUGUGUUCCUGUGAUGAGAAAAAAAGAAAAAUCUUCCACCAAAAAGAAAAGAAAGAACGAAAGAGAAAUCAACCCACGAGUCCACGACCUAUGGUCCUCUGCAGUUGACUAACGUCCAUGUCAGUUGAGGGAAUCUCUUGUCGCCACCACCACUCGGAGAGUCGGAGUUGAAUUCGAAAGGAAGGAAGGAAGGAAGGAGCUUCUUCGGUUGCCAGCGGCGGGCCGAGCAGAUGCCCCGUAAAAAACAAGCGGGAAUGCGCGAUCGACCGCCCCCACAAAGCCAAAGGCCCCAACUUAUUCAAUUUGCUAAUAUUAAUUACUUAAUUAAAAUCGUGGAUGCCCACGUGUUGGGAUAAAUGGUUGUUUGAUUUAUAGUUAAACUAGGGGGAAUUUUACAAUUCUAUAUAGCAUUUGUGCUAUAUGUUUUCGCUUUUAUGGUACAAUUUGAAGUUGUAACUUUAAUAUUAUUGUACAAUUUUAGAUUGUACCGUACACUUUUUUUAAUGAUACAACUUAAACUUAUACCUUUAUGUGAAAUUAUAAAGUUUUUCCGUAAUAUAAAUGUACAAAUUCCUUUAUGAUACAACCUAAACUUAUCCAUUUAACAUUAUGGUACAACUUCAAGUUGUACUUUAAAGCACCAAUGUUUUAUAGCAUAAUAGAAGUGCUUUUAAACUACAUUGUUAAAAUACUUGCAUUUUAUAAGAAUUAAGGAGUCUAACUAGGGAUUAUUUUUGUGAGAUUGUUAUUAUACACAACACAUGAAUUGUAUAUGUGAUGGAAUAUAAACUAAGACUCAAAAUAAUUUAUUUUAUAUCUAUUUUUUAGUUAGAUAGUUGAGUUGACAUAGUUUGAUAUAAUGUAAAGUGAUAAUUUUUUCAAAACUUGUAAACACAAUCGCGCAUUUGCCAUUCAAAUCACAACUUCAGUGAGUACUGCUGCAAAUUCGAUCACCUCUCUAGCUUUUUGCUCUGACUUCUCUCUUCUUUACUGCUCUUGCUCUGUUUUCUUCUUUCUUUGUCCCAGAAUUUGCUUCUGGAUGAUCAACCUCCUCCUUCUGUGAGAUGAUUACAUCCCUUCUUAGCGUUAGCUAAUGGAGAAGUGUACUUACAAUAUCCCAUCUAAUUAUCAUAUGUCAGCUAGAAACAUUUAUACUCAGCUGUUUCAGCCCAACUACCAGGAGAAUUCAAUGCUCCAAAGAAGAACACACAGAUGUAUUCUGCUGCCGAAAAUUAAUACAGCAACAAAGGAUAGGAGUUAUUGCUACUACUAUUCUGAUGUAAGGAGAAGAUCCAAGGCAGAUAUCAGUCUCUUCAAGCCUCCCUUAAUCCCAUUACCCUGCAGAAGUAGAAGAACAGAGAAGCUCAAAAGUACUGACAACGGAUUGUUCUACAGAUCCUCUAGAUACGCCUUAAAUCCUAGUCUAAUCGAACCACCCACUAUAGUUGAUCCAACCACAAAGGGAAGUGGAAUUAAAUACGAGGAGAGGGUGGGUAUAAGCACUAUAAGAGGAAGGGUAAUCCCAGCAGGUAACAUAUUCAAAUUCCCAACAAGUUAUCUCUAUUCCAAGAUCAAGUCGGCAAACAAACAGCCAAAACCCAGAAAAAUGAGUGUCAACGAUCUGAUCAAUCAGGCAGGGGAGUGGGAUUUAGAAAUGGUACCUGAUGAAGGGAGAGUGGCUAAUCGAAAUACUCUAGUGGGGAAGAUCUUCUCAGAAAGGACUAUCAGUCUCAGAGCCCUAAGAGGAAUGGUGAGAUCUGCCUGGGUUGAUAACCCCAAACCAAAAAUGCAAGAAAUGCCCAAUAUCCAGCCGCUGGAGGACAACACUUUUGUCUUUGAUUUCGAGAAGAAAACUGAGAUGGAGGCUAUCUGGAGUGACAGGCCAUGCCCAAUCUCGGGGACGGUGAUGCAGCUGAAGAAACCAUCUGCUUUUGAAGAUGCAAAGGAAGUAAAGUUCCAGACCAUCGAGUUCUGGGUUCAAGUGCACAACCUGCCUGAGGCAUACAGAUCCGAAGGUAACAUAUCGAUGAUGGAGAGGAUGUUCCAUAGGGUCGUUGACAUCGACAAAGCUGCCAUUCAAGCCCAGAUCUACAGGAAGUUCAUCAGGAUCUUUGUUGAGAUAGAUGUCUCAAAAUCUCUGCCGGAUGGCUUCUACAUAAGGCAAAAACAGAAGCGGAGCUGGGUCGAGUAUAAGUAUGAGAGGCUGUACUCUCUUUGUUACUUCUGCGGCAGGAUUGACCACACCAAACUUGAGUGUGAGAUGAAGAGGAACUGUGAUGAGAAUGGGUUGCCUUACCCACAGCCGGAGAAAUGGGGUCCUUGGACAAGGGCAAACUCUCCGGUCUUCUCUCCCAGAACAAACCAGCAAGUGGAUGUUGAGAAGGUGCUGAACCGGGAUACCGCCUCCGCAUCAAAUUCUCCGGUGGGCCUGAUCAACCCUUCAUCGGCGACAACAGCGACGGGAACAAGUCAGAACAUCUAUCAGGGGGGCCCACAUGCCUUGAGCUUCUCACCAAGACCUGGUCAGUCCCCAUUCUCGAGUAAUGGUCAUAAUUUCACUCUCUCAACGGAUCUAUUUCAAUCCCCCAGCUAUUUCUCCCCUACACCCCAAAAUCACCCACCUUUUCAGCAAAACCAAGAAAUGAUAGCCUCUCCCCCCCAAAGCUUAAAGGUUGCCAGAAACCUUUUUGGAGAUAUUCCCUUCUACCAGUCUAGCCAAAUGACUACCACGAGCAACCCUUUCCUCCCUGUGGGCUUUGCCAAUCCUAACCUGAGCCCAACUACCUACCCGGCCCAAGCAAACUACAUUUUCAAUCAUAACUAUUUCCCACAGGCCUGUACCUCUGCUCAAAAGCCCAGGAAAUUCCUAUCAAAUGAACAGAGAAGAGGACAUAACGGGAGCCCAGGGAUUCAAAAAAAAAAGAGGAAAGCUAGUUUGGUACAGAUGGUUGAGGAAACAGGGGCUGCUGAGGAAGAACAGGGGAAGACGCGCAAAGGGCAAGCAGGGGAGGUGUUGUCGGAGGAGGACCCAAGAAUCCCUCCUGGAUUUGAGCCGGAAAACACUGUGGAUAUGGUGGCCGAUUCCAAGCCACCGGGGGAGCCAUGAAUGGACUGGUUUGGAACUGUCGGGGUUUCGGCCAGUCCCCCACAGUUCGACAACUUCGAAAACUGGUUAGGAAGAACAAGCCUGCAUUUGUGUUUCUUUAUGAGACUAAGAAGAAGGAGUCAUACAUGGAGACUAAAAGAAAGAGUCUGAAAUUUG